UUUUUUGUUUAAUUACUGAUUAAUAUUCAUAAGUAUAAUUGUAUGUUUAUUCUUAUACUAGUUAUACUACCUAUUAAAAAAUUUAAUAAUAGUAGAUACAAAACUUAAAAUGGAAAAUGAAGACUAUGAAGCGAUAGCAUUUAACAGUGUCCCAGUAGAAAAUUUAAUUGAUUCUAGAAAAUAUUGUGAUCGAAGAAAGAUAUUAGAAAAUAAAGAUAAUUUCGUGAUAAAUGGUCACGAUGAAACAUCUCGAAAAAAUAUUGAAGCACUACAUGCAAAAAAAGAAAUUGAAGAUUCAGAUGAAAAUUUAAUUGUUUUAGAAAAAGAAGAAAGAAAAGUACUAAGAAAAUGUAACAUAUGGAGACGACAAAAUAUCCAUAGUAUCGAAAACGCGGUGGCUAAGCGAAAAUGUCAACAAAAAAUGAUCGUACAACAACCUGUUGUCGAUAAAAUUGAAAACAGUGAAUUUGAACUAGGCAACAUUAUGGAAGAAUUAAAUAACUUUAUAGAAGGCAAAUGUUUAGUUUUCCAUACAAAUGAAUAUGAACGUGAAUGUAACGACAAAAACCAGGAGAGAUUAUCUGAAGUUAAAAAUACUUUAAUUGAAAUAAAUAAAAAAUGUAUGGACAUUUAUGAUGAAUUUGAAAAAACUAGUAAUAAAGAAGAUAUACUAGUAAUACAAGAAGAUAUUAUUUCAUUAAAAAAAGAAAGUUUAGAUCUUCUUAAGCAAAAAGAUAGUAUUAUUGAUAAAUUAUUAGAAGGACUAGAAGAAUUAUUAACCAAAUCUUCCAAUGAAACAUCUUCUAAUUCAAAUGACCUAGAUAAUUUGAAUGAAAUCGCAAACAAUAAAUUAAAAAUCUUUAAAGAAGAGCAUAAAAAGUACAACUUAGCUAUUACUAAAUUGAUCGAAGAUACAAAAAAUAAAAAAAAUAAUAAAGAUUCUACGGAAUGGAGAAUUUUGAUGGAUAAAAUCAUUAAUAAAAUAUCAAGUGCAGCAUUAAAAAGAUUUGAAUUAAUUGAAAAAAAUAACCUUGAAUUACUAAAGCUGUUCAAGACUAAUGAAGAAGAUGCAAAAAACUUUAGAAUAAAAACAACUGAGAAUUAUAUUGGAGUUGAUACCGAUUUGGAAUUUGUAAAAAUCAGAUGCUCAACAAAUAUAGAAAAACUUAAAUAUAAUUGUCAUGUUUUAAAAAAAAAAAUAGAAGACAAUAAUUUUAGAAUAAUUAAUCAAAAAAGAAGAAUUAAUCUUUUACAAGAAACAGUUUAUAACCUGAGAGAAAAAUGUAAAAAAAAUGAAUCAAAUCAUACAACCCAAAUAUCUACAAUUAAAAAACAAAUAAUAAAUAUUAACCAAAAAAUUGAUCAACAAGAAAAGAGAGCUGAUUCUAUUGCUAAGAAGGAUAAUGAUGAAUAUAUACAAUUAUGGGACCAUCAAAUGAAUCAGAUAAUACGUUACAUUAAUAGUAUUCGUCAAAUUGAUUAUUUUAUACGUGAGUAUUUAAGUUUAAAUGUCAAGACACAUUUCUGCGAAAAACCAACUUUAAAUGGCAAUGAUACAAUAGUGCCACUUUUGAAACACAUUAAUAAUCUUAUACUAUAUGAGCAUACACACGACAGUUUAGAUACAAAUUAUUAUAAACAUAUUAGAGAUAGAGCUCUGAAUAAUCUUUUAUUGGAUUUCAUUGUUAAGAACUCGAGUUUUGUGUUUGAGCACAACUUGUAUGGAAUUCUUGGCUCAAAUUCAAUGCGGAAUUUAUCAUACGCUUAUAAUGCUUUGAGUGAAUUAAAACUUAAUAAAGAAGAAUCUUGGCAACUCAUAAAAUCUAAAUUUAAACCAUUUGUGACAUGUACUAUUUGUAAUUCUCAAAUAAAUUGGGAAUCAGGUAAAAUUAUUGGAACAUCAGACAGUGAACGAAAAAUAUGUAAAAAUACAACAACAGAUGAUUGCAUCAACGAAUCGAAAUCGAACAACUAUUUAUACUUUGAAAAAUUAUUAAGAAAUAUAUCUCAACAUAACAAAAACAUUGACAAACUUAAUAAAAUAGAUCCGUUUCGUCAAUAUGUAAAUGCCACUGCAUGUUCAAACAAUAUUACUUUUGAAAAUAUUGAUGAAGAACAAAAUGAUAAAUAUUCAAUAAGUUUAAUUGGUGAAAAUACACUAUUUAAUCAUACCCGAUGUGAAAAUUCGAAUCAUGAAUUAUCUAUUGAUAACAAGCAUUUUAUACAUAUAAUGAAAGAAAUCAUAAAAGAAUCGCGAUCUACUCGUUUCCCAAAACUUAAAUCAUUAUAUCAAAGAUUAAAAAAAGAAUAUAAUUUUAUACAGUGGAAAAUCAGUGAAAAUGAUUUACAAGAAUAUUGGUCUCGACUCGUUAAAUAUAUUCCAAAUAGUGUUGAUUUGUGGAAAAUGUACUACGAAGAACUUAGUCAUUACUAUAGAUUUUUAGUUGUUCGCCAGAAAAAAAUGUUAAAGACAAAAACAUUACAAAAUGAAAAUAUGGAAUUGAAACAAAUAAUAUACGAUUUAGAGAAUAAUAAUAAAAUAAUUGAAAUAUGUAACUAUAGUAAAUAAGACACUAAUGAUGACAGACAAAGGAGCAAACACCGCAAUCUCAAAAUUCAAUCACAAAGACGGCAUAUCAUGUCUAUAAAAAUUAAAAGGG